AAUAUUUGUAAACAAAGUCAUUCAUAUGGGAAAAGCGAGCGCUUAAAUCUAUUUCUACCUCGUAAUUUAAGAAAAAAAUAGAAGACAUUUAAUUUUUCACAUAAAAAUGAGUCCAAGAAGGAAGCGAACGAGAAGUGAUGGGGAUCAACAGGUUAAAACUGACGAAACUAACAACGACAACAUCUCCAAAAAUUCUUCAAAAAGCAAUAAAAAAAGUAAAUUCAGUGAAUGUGUGGAGCAAAAGUUGCUGAAAGAAUCAAUGAACGAAUGGUUUCGACAAGAAAGACUCACGAGGAGAGUCGAAUUUCCAGAAAUUUAUUCAAAAACUAAUGAACAACAUGAAAAAAUUUGUAAUCACAAGGAAUGCGAUUUCAAGGCAAACAAUAAUUGGGUUCGUGAUUUCUUAAAAAAUUGCUCUGUUUCCGUAAAAACUGUCGGAAAUACAAGUCAAACCAAUGCUAGAGACAGACAUCACGGACUAUUUAUUGAAAAUCUUUUUGAAUGGCACAGAAAAACAGAAAGAUCUGAACGAAGGUCAAUUUUUUACGACGAAUUGUUAAAUAAAGCAAUUGAGUAUCACACGGAAUACUGUAAACUACUGGGAUGUUUCUUCAAGCCUGAUAAACUGUUCAUCAUACAAUUCAAGAGGAAGUUUAACUUGUUUCCCGACAAAGAAAAUGUAAAAGUUAAAAAAGAACUUGAGAAGGUCCAAAGUCCUUUAAACGAUGAAAAAACUGAAAUAAAAGAGGAAAAUGGGAUUGACAAAGAAGAAAAACAUAAAAUUAUCAAAAAGAAGCUUCUUGGAUGGAUUAACGAACAAAAGGAAUUGAAUCAAGAUUUUACAUUUAGCAAAGCUCAAAUUACAAGAACGGCAAAAGACUUUCACAAAACAUGUUGCGGUGAAAGGUGUUGGAAAAAAAUCAAAAAAUUCUUCAAAUUUUUGCGAGAAUUUUUUGAGGAAUAUAAUGUGAGUUAUUCUUUUGAUUUGUCAGAAGAGAAAAAUUCAUCAACUAUGCAGGAGGAAAAUUUUGUUGAACCAUCAGAAGAUCAAACAACUGAAAAUAUUGAGAAAACUGAAGCUAAAGUGCAAGAAAAUGAAGAAAAAGAUGAGAAAGAUCAUAUAAUUAUCGAAAUUGAGCUCCUUAAAUGGUACAACGAGCAAGAAAAUACACCGAUUAGCAAAAGCCAAAUAAGGAAAUCAGCUAAAGAACUCCACAAAAUGCAUUGUAAAGGACAUUGUUGGAAAAAAAUUAAGACAAAUGAGAAUUUUCAAAGGUUUUUUGAGAAUUUUAUAGCAAAAUAUAAUUUAAGUUACUCUGAUGAAAAGAAAGAAACAGCCGAAACUACUGAAGAAACAUCAAAAAAUGAUGAAAAUCAGGAAAUUACGACUUCUGUUCAACAAUCGGAAGAUCAAGAAACAAAAAUUAUUGAGAAAAGUCAAAAUGAGGAGCAAAAUAUUCACAAAGUGUUCGAAGAAAAACUCCUCGAAUGGUACAAAGAGCAAAAAGAGGCUUUUUUGGUACGAAUCACCAAAAAUCAAUUUGUUACAACAACGGAAGAGUUUCACAGGAAAUAUUGCCUAAGCAAAAAUUGCGUAUCAAAAUACAAGCUAAGAAUGAAAAAUUUUGUACUUGCCACAGAGUUUAUGAAAAAACAUAACAUAGACUUAAAAGUUAAAAAAAUUAAACUUAAUUCGAUUGUUCUAUCUUACUAUGAACAAGACGAGAUUAUGGAUUGCUUGGACUCUAUUGCUCUUAAUACUUCAGCAAACUCAGCAAAAAUCAUUAAAAAUGAGGAAAUUGAGCCAAAUCAAAAUAUUUCUAUGGAAGAAACUGAAGCUACUGUCGAAAAAAUGAAAAUUUCUAACGAAAAUCUUCCUCUUAGCAAAAAUGCAAAUUCAACUUUGAUAUCAAAUGAUGUUGAUAUGACCAAAGAAAUCCGUACUGAAGAGCCAAAAAUCGAAAUUGCACCGAAAAUUGAUGAAAAAUCAUCAAUCCCUUCAGAUUCAGUUGAAAAAACUGACCAAAAAUCGUCUUUUCUAUUAUCGUUCAUUGAUCAUCCCGAAGUUGCUUCAUCCCUUUACGAGUGGUACAAAAAAUCCAACUUCACAUAUCGCCUUCCUUUCAAUCAAUUACAAGACAUUAUCAACACAUUUCACUCCAAAUCGUGCCAAAUACCGGAAUGUGACUUUUUGAAGUUCGAAAAUUGCUCUCGUUGGCUUUACCGAUCCUUUUAUCCGACAUACAACAUUGAUCCGCUUCCACGCCAAACACUUCCAACCGAAAAAGAGAUCUUGGAUGCCUUCGACUUGCUCAUCAAGUACUUUACGGAAGAAAAAGUCACGGAAAUGGAAUGGAGUCUAAAAGCAGAAAAGGAAAUUUUUGUGAAAAAACUUCAAUCUGAAACGAAAAACGUUGAAUAAAUUAUUUUUUUUUUAACUUUUA